UUGUCCAAACUUAGAAUAUUAGUAACCGUUGAAAUGAUUUGCCUAUUCGUACAACAUGGUAAUCUUACUGGAUCGGUUCAGGAUUAGUACAGUUACAGUACCUGAUAAGUUGAUCAAAAGUAGCUACAGCUGAGGAGGGGGCUUCACACCACCACCACCAGCCGUCAUUUUGCAAGCCAAGGCAACAGCUAUGCUAUUUUGCUGCAUGUGGUUGUUUACUUUAUGCAUCUAAUGUACAUGGACUCCAUGAUGGAGCCACGUAGCCACAAUUUAUAUUUUAUUACUUUUUCCACACCAGUGUAAUUAGUUCAACGGGGUAGAAUUAGUGCUCUUUUUCCCCUGAGGCUGCAAUUCCACUGCUGGACGGCGGGGGGCGAAAAUCGCUGGCCCGCUCUCGGCGCUUUCUCCGCUGCUGUGAUGCUUCGCGCGGCUACACCGUUCCGCCCGCCAGAGUGGAUGGAAGGACGACUGAGCGGACGCCCACCUUCUGCCGCUCGCGCUCACUCGCCACCGUGCUCUUCAAAAUGGCGGCGGACUCCUCCGCGCAGCCCGCGGGCACGCACGCCUCGCUGCAGGAGAACGCGCUGCCGCGAGACGACGUGCACGGCUCCGCGGAAGGUCGGUGGGACGAAGCCGCGCCGGCCGCAAUAGCGAACAGCCUGCGGGAGCUGCCCGAGUUGGAGCCGGAGGAGGUGGGCCGGCGGCUGGCGGGAACUCUAAGGGAGCUGAGCAACAGGAGGAAAAUAGUGAUGAAGAACCUGCCGCAGGACAGCACGAGCCAGGAGAUGCAUGAUAUUUUAAAGGCAUACGAACUGAAGUACUGCUACGUGGACAAAAAUAAAGGAACAGCCUUUGUGACCCUGCUGAAUGGUGAGCAGGCUCAGGACGCCAUCCGCACCUUUCACCAGAGCAUCCUCCGCGGACGGGAGGUCAGUGUACAACUGCAGCCCACCGACGCACUGCUGUGUGUGGCCAAUCUGCCACAUACACUCACGGGCACACGCUUCGAGGAGCUGGUCCGCACUUAUGGCAACAUCGAGCGUUGCUUCCUGGUGCACAGCGAGCGCACGGGCCAUUCCAAGGGCUAUGGCUUUGUGGAGUACAUGAAGAAGGACUCAGCAUCUCGAGCCCGUGCUGAGCUUCUCGGUCGACUGCUGGAAGGCCGGGCUCUCGUGGUGCAGUGGGCUGAUGUCAACCAGAUCACCGCUGAGCACCUGCACUCCAAGUGCCUCUGCGUGGACAGGCUCCCUGCUGACUGCAACUCUGAGAAAUUGGCAUACAUGUUCGGGGAGAGACACAAGGCUGUCUUCUGUCAGCUGGCUCAGGACGAAGGCAGCCCCGUUGGCGGAUUCGCAGUCGUGGAGUACGAGACUUCGGAGCAGGCAGAAGAGGUCCUCACGGAGAUGGACCAGCGACUGAUUGGGGGUCAAGAGAUCCGGGUGUCCUUCUGUGCCCCAGGGACCUCGGGCCGAAGUACGUUGGCUGCUCUGAUUGCUGCACAGGGUGUGAUGUCCAACAGCAAGAGGGGUUUGCUUCCAGAACCCAGCCUGGCGCAGCUGCUGAGCAGCAUGAAUAACCCGGCCGCCCUGCAGGUGCUGCUCGGGCCCUACCUGGCAGGUGGCAGCAAGCACACAGGGAAGUUUGGACAGAUGCAAAAUGUGCCCAUCGUGCAGAACCCUCUCGCUGCAGCGCUUGUUCAGCUGGGAAAGGUCCAGCAGAAUACCCUGCUGGGCAACGGCCUGAUGGUCCAAAACCUUCUGCAGAUGCAGCUGGCCCAGCAGCAGCUGCUCCAGAUGAAAGACAAGCCCACCAGCACCGGUGCUGGUCUCCUGGGGGACCCCUUGAGUGCACUGCUGCAGAAGACUAUGGCUCUGGCAGGUGCAGGAAAGGGUCUGCUGGGGGAUGCUCCAAAUGAGCUUUCCCAGGACUCGUUGCAUGUUUCAAGCACCACAGCAGGCCUCAUGACCUACCCCCCGAACAGACCGCCACAGGCGGUCCCCUCUGGUGCCGAGUGGGAUGGGACACCUGUCAUUGACAAACACGCAUCUGCCCGGUCGGUGGGGGGCUCACAGUCAGGGGCCCAGGGCCUGCUCCAUGCCAGGGGGGGGUGCAAUCCCGUCUUAGGAAGCGUACCCCCCGGAACAGCUCCCAACCCGAGUGAAAACAGCACCCCUGGAAUGACGCAGGCGAACUGCCAGGCCUCACUGCUGGGGGAGCCCCCCAAAGAUGUGAAGCUGCCCUCAAAUCCCUACCUGAAUUUGGCCAGCGUGCUGCCAGGAAUGGUCCUGCAAGCCCCCACCAGCAGUAAAGUGGCCUCACACGGUGAAGCGCCGCCUCUGAAAGGCACCCCGCUGUACAGCACCGAAGCCCCCGCAGACUACAUGCAGCAGUAUGUGCAGCACUACUCCCAGGAAGCUAUGAAGUGGUAUCAGCACUACCAGAGUCAGGGCCACAGUGGCGGCAGCGUCCCCUUGGAGAGCAACUAUAGGAAGGAGCAGACCCAGGAAACUGCUGCUGCCUCUUAUGGGGAUUACAGUUCCUACAUGCAGGCUAUGAGCCAGUACUAUCCGCACACACACACAUCUCUGACACCUGCACAGGUCUUCCAUCACAGGGAUACGAGUAAGGAAGCUGAUCUGUCCAAGAGCUCGAUGAGCAGCAUGCUGCAGUCUGUAGCCAAUGGGGCUGGCACCCCUGCCACCAGCUAUGGUCCCCUGACUGUGGUGCCUGGGUACGUGGGGCUGCAGCAGGCAGCUCCCAGCUCAGCUGCACUCUCCCUUCCCACACCGGUAACAACAGACUGGAGUCAAUGCUAUUACAGUCAGAACCAGGUCCGUGGGCUGAAGCGGAACUUCCCGCAGCUGCUGGACGGGUCUGCGGACCAACAGUCCCAGGGCUUAGUGGGCCAGUAUGCAGACCAGUACAAGAAAAGGAGGAUGUAGCGUCCCUGGUGGUCCGGGUGCCUGUGCCUCUGUUCUCAGCUCUUCUCACCGUCUGUGGUGUCCACACCGUCAUCUAGAACCUACUCCACUUGUCGCGGCUCUUCUAAAAGAAUUCUUAAGCCCUUCAGUAUUUUCUGGAUCUGCAGGGUGUCUGUUGCCAUAAUCCUUUUCUGUCCAGAACAAAAGUGAUUUCUCUAAUGGGAAAUUAAGUCUCUCUUACAAGAAUGUUACUGUUUAAUUAAACAUAAUUAUAAACGGUGACGUGCUUGGUUCCCUCCAGCACAUCUUCUCCCUUUGAUUUGGAUGUCAACAUAAUCCCCCUGUAAUAUAAUUUCCUUCUCUGUUUUGCUGAUACUUUGUGCUAACAGAGGGGCUAAUGAUCAUUAAUGUGACAACGUACUGCUGGCUGACAUUUGAAGUCAAGGAUGCCGGAGGUGCGAGUCCAGCAUCAAGCUGAAAAGACAACUUGCAGGCUAGGGUUGCAGGAAGGCCUUGUAAAGACCUCAUGCGGUAAAGAACAGCUUGCUUACCAUUCACCCCAGGUUUCUGGAAAACAGGUUUGAAACCUUCAAUAUGUUUAACUGUACUUUCUUAAAAUGUUGUUUAAAAUUUCCCUCCUGUUUAAUUCAGGUUGGCUCUAACUGCAUUAAGACUAACUGUUCACAUAUUUCAGUAACAAUUUUAACUCUUAAAAGGUGGAAAUAGUUUGCUCUGUCAUUUCUGUAGAAUGUGUGAACUUCUUACGUUGGACUGCUCUGCUGAGAUGUUUAAUCUUGACCAUCACUGAAAGUAGUCCCUCUAGCUGUUAGACUCUCUCACUCUACCCAUUCUUGAAUGACACGUUUUAAAAGUUCAGCUGUAUUGUCAGACACACCAAAGGAAGGUCUCCCUACCGUUACCCACCUCCUACAUCUACCAUCAUGCAUGGCUGAUUUGUAAAUUAGCUGUAAAGUGCACUAAAAGUCCAUAAAGUGUAUACUUUAUUGCAGCUGCAAUCUUCCCAACAUGUAUUUUCUUGAAAUAAGUAGCUUGCUUUCUCACAUUUUUUUACCCUGCUGUAGGCUUCUUAGUCAUGCACAUCUACUUUAAUACUCCCUGUCACUGGCAUAAGAUUACAA